GCCUUGGCCUCAGUGCGGCUGUGCUAGCACCGGAUGUGAUGUGGGCUGGACGGAAGGAAAGUGCAUUCCCCGGCUUUAUCUUUGAAAGAGGGGAUUUCAGUGCACACUCCUUGCAGAUCUUGGGGACAAUCAACAGCAAGCGAAAGUUGGAACACACGCCCGGAAGCACUGGCCGCCAGCGGUCCUGGCGGUGGGAUUCCUUGUCAGAUAUGCCUGGGCCCCGCUCGGCCUCCGCUAGGAAGGCUUCGUUGGGACAGCAGCGCGAAGGAGGAAGACGGAGACGGCCGCCGUUUAAACAGAUCGGGGGCGGCCCCACGCAGGAGGCAGGAGGCAACGGGAAAGAGCCACCGGGCUUCUCCACUCUGGCCAGAGUCACGCUAGACACACUUGGCCGGGUUCUCUUCGAGUACAGACAGCCCGUUGACGUUUUCCCCAGCUUUGAAAGAGGACGGGGCAAAGCACCUUUCCGAUCGCCUGUUUCCUCUCGGCGCCGCAUGCUCAUGGAUUCCAUGUGCAGAGUGGGUUACGACGUGGAAGUCGCGUUGCUAGAUGACGCUUCCGCCAUGGCAGUGCUAAUGUGGCAGCAGAGGAGUCUCACUCCUCCCGCGGUUCCUGCGGCUUGCGGUUGGAUUUGGACAUGCCUACCCAUUGUGGGACUCUGCAUUCUGCAUGGUGAGGGUUUCGGUUUGCGGAUGGGGCCCCCUUCGUCGGCCAGUGUGGGUACUCCCAAGUUUCUGCGGGGCUAUCAAAAGGCAUGCCAGUUUCCGGUCACAGCUGCUCCUUUCUGGCGCCUGGUUUUGCCGGUGGUGAUGCUAUUUGGCUUCAUCCGGCCUCACAAGCUUGUGUUCCUUGGCCAGUUUGCUGUUCGCACAGGAAGGUUGGUGCGGGUACGGUACACCCUGCUGCAACCAGGGUACGGACGCAAACCUGUUCGUAACCCAAAGUGCGUCGUACCGUGCUUGCAGGCAACGCACCUAACGGUUGCGAGCCAGAAGGUCUGUGCAAAGGUCAACAGCAGAGGCACCACGCUGGGAUCAGCCCCUCUCUGCGUGGGCCUUUGCAUCAAACCCUCAACUUGA